AUGUCAGGACAAAAAAGUGUCCUUGCCAUCCUCAUGCGACGCUCCGUCUUCUCUACCGUUUCCUUCGCUUUCAAGCAACCUGUCAAGUUUCAUAGCUGCAGGAUCCCAUCUCGUCGCCUAAACCUCUACAGCCCCUCUCGAGCGUUUAGCCAAACAUCCACCAUGUUCAAAGUCGGUGACGAUUUUGAAAAGAAACAAGCCUCCCGGCCGGAGUUCAAGCGUGACGUUCCCGUCACUUUCUCGCAGCCACCGAACCCCAGCUGGAAACAGGGAGAGGGCGCCAACGAUGGCGAAGGGCGACCGGCCGCCUCCAAUUAUAAGCUGUUGAUCUCGGGCAUAGUCCCUCGUCCGAUUGCGCUCAUUAGCACAAAGUCCAAGGAUGGAAAGACGACAAACUUGGCACCGUUCAGUUAUUCGAAUGUCAUUAACCAUGACCCUCCGCUCUUCACGGUCGGAAUUGUUGGCUCCCUGGACAAGGCCAAAGACACACUGAAGAACCUGGCGGAGACGGAGGAGUGUGUGAUCAACAUCAUCUCGGAGCAUUUUGUCGAAGCUGCCAAUGCGACGGCCAUCAACGCUCCUUAUGGAGUGUCCGAAUGGGAAGUCUCCGGGCUCACCCAAGCACCCUGUGCCGUUGUUCAGGCGGCCCGUGUGAAAGAGUCCAUCCUGGCGAUCGAAGGCAAGCUGGUGGAAACCAAGGAGUUCGAGAGCCGGUCUACUCCUGGCAAGAAAUCGGGAGUGUUGGCAAUAAUUGAGGGUGUUCGUUUCUGGGUGAGAGAUGAUGCGAUCAACGAAGACAAGAGCAUUGUCGAUUUGAAGGUGCUGAAGCCUAUUAGUCGGCUGGGAGGCAUUUCGUACGGGCGGACCACCGACGCAAUCGAAAUCCCAAGACCGCAGUUCUAG